AACUAUUUUCCUUUCCUUUCCUUUUCUUUCCUUAGUUCUUUUCCUUCCAUCUUUCCUUCCUUCCUGCAGGACCACUGCACCAUCACCCGCGGUUACCUUUUCCUCUAUAAAACCUCAACCCAAUUCCUCCUUCUUCCUCGCCCGCUCGUUUCCUUCACACAAACCCUAUCUUUCAAUUAAACAUAACCUCUUUGUCUCUAUAUCUGUUUUGUCUCUGCCUCUGAUUUUUUUCUUCUUAUAAAUUAAAAGGAAGAAAAAAUGGCUAUUCCAUGUCAGCCAUUGAUUGGAUCAGAAAAGUUAUCAAUGGAGGCAGGACCUUUAUCUCCUAUGGCUCCUAUAUCCCAACCUCCAGUUAUUCUUACGCAGGACGAGCUUAAAAAGAUUGCAGCUUAUAAAGCUGUCGACUUUGUCCAGUCUGGUAUGGUUCUCGGCCUCGGUACCGGCUCCACCGCCAAACACGCCGUCGACCGAAUCGCGGAUCUCUUGCACCAAGGAAAGUUAAAGAACAUUAUUGGAAUACCCACUUCAAAAAAGACUCACCAACAAGCUUUAUCUCUAGGUAUUCCUUUAUCUGAUCUUGAUUCUCACCCCAACGUCGAUCUUGCCAUCGACGGCGCCGAUGAGGUGGAUUCCGAUCUCAAUUUGGUGAAAGGACGAGGUGGGUCUUUGUUAAGAGAGAAAAUGAUUGAAAGUGCUUGUAAAAAGUUUGUAGUUAUUGUUGAUGAGUCAAAAUUGGUUCCUCAUAUUGGAGCUAAUGGAGCUAUGCCUGUAGAGGUUGUGCCUUUCUGUUGGAAAUUUACACAAGAAAGGCUUCAAGAGAUGUUUGGUUAUGCAGAUUGCUUGGCCAAGUUGAGAAGAAAUGGAGACAGUGAAAGUGGUGAGCCUUUUGUUACUGACAAUGGGAAUUAUAUUGUAGAUUUAUUUUUCAAAAAGGAUAUUGGUGAUUUAAAAGCUGCUAGUGAUGCUAUUUUGAGGCUAGCUGGAGUUGUUGAACAUGGAAUGUUUCUUGGUAUGGCAACUACUGUUAUUGUUGCUGGUGAAUUUGGAGUCACCAUGAAGAAUAAGUAGAUUGAGAUGGAAAUGGUUAUUUAACAAUAAUAACAAAAAAAAAAACAAUCUUUUUGAUGGUUACUAAUGAAAUUGGUAACUUCUAAUUUUUUUUUCUUGGACUUGUUAUCGUAACAAUAUUAACAACAAUUGUGGAGAGACAUUAUCUCCAUUUGGUUUCGGUUGGCUGGAAAAUUAGGACGUUUUAGGAAUAUGUAAGCAGUUGAAUGAUUAACUUAAUUUUGUAUCAGCUGCUAUCUCAUUUUCUGUUCAAUAUAGAAAUUAUUAUUGGAUGCUAUUUGUUUUUUA